UCAAUGAUUCCCCUCCUUUCCCGCCGACUUCAAAAUUUGUUUGUGAUCAUGGUUAAAAGGAAAAUACAUCAAAAUGGUACUCUAGGAACAGAAUCUAUACAUGAUUUCUCUUCUCAAGAAGUUAAAGAAUUCAGAGAAUUAUUGUUGAAAUGGUACAGUGAAAAUAAAAGAGAUUUACCAUGGAGAAGACAGAUUGCUAAUCCUGAUAUCAACCAGAGAGCAUAUGCAGUAUGGGUAUCUGAAGUGAUGUUACAGCAGACACAAGUUGCCACGGUGAUAAGUUAUUACAACAAAUGGAUGCAGAAAUGGCCAACACUUCAAGAUUUAUCAAAAGCAACAUUGGAGGAAGUAAAUGAAGCCUGGUCAGGUUUGGGAUACUACUCACGAGGAAGGAGAUUGUAUGAAGGUGCUCAAAAGGUUGUUAGUGAAAUGAAAGGAGAAAUGCCCAAAACAGCUGAUGAAUUAUUAAAACUCCUUCCAGGUGUGGGGAAGUAUACAGCAGGUGCUAUUGCUUCUAUAGCUUAUGGACAGGCCACAGGAAUAGUAGAUGGUAAUGUUAUCAGAGUGUUAUGUAGAAUGAGAAAGAUGGGUGGCGAUAGUACAAGUCAACCUGUCCAAGAUAAACUAUGGCAGCAUGCUAAUUCACUUGUAGACCCAGAUAAAGCAGGAGAUUUUAAUCAAGGUAUGAUGGAGUUAGGAGCUACUGUUUGUACACCAAAGACACCAACUUGCAACACAUGUCCUGUCAGAAGCUUAUGCUUGGCAAACAAAGAGGUAGAAUUUAAUAAACAGGAGAAAACAAAAGAGUUGACAAAGGAUAAGAAGAAAUCUACCAUCACUGAUAUAGAAUGUUGUAUUGACAGUUGUCCAUUAUGUAUUCAGAGUAGUGAGGUGUGGGAUAGCAGUUUAGGUGUUCAGAACUAUCCCAGGAAAGGGAAGAAGAAAGCAGCUAGAGAGGAACAGACUAAAGUGUGUAUAGUUUGUAAGAAGAACAAGUCAGAGACAUUAUAUUGUAUUGUACAGAGACCAGAAAAAGGAUUGCUAGCAGGUCUGUGGGAAUUCCCAUCUCUAAAAAUAGAUGGAGAUUGUUCUGAAGAGUUGUCACCUCAACAGUUACUGAUUGAUAGCUGUGGAUUACAUGUGGAUACUUUAACAUCCACAUGUCAUGUUGGAGAGGUAGUCCACUUGUUCUCACAUAUCCACCAGACCUACAUUAUAGACAGUAUAGCAGUGGAGAUGGAUGAUGUUACAGACCACCCUAGUACCAAACCUCUACGAUGGGUGACAGAGGAAGAACUGCAGGAAUCGGCUGUGUCUACUGCUAUGAGAAAGGUUAGUCUCAAAUGA